AUGAACAAUUAUCUGAUUCCGAUAUUGAUUUUGAUGUAGAAGGUAAUCAAUCAAUUUAUUAAAUAUUAUCAGAUAACGAUUCUAUGUUUUUCGAUUCAGAUGAAGACAUCCCUAUCCAAAUAGAAAUAUGCAACUCAUAAAAAUCAAUCGAUAAAUAAAGUCAGUCUUCUAGACAACAGAACUAGAAUCAUAAUAAUAUUCCUAUAUGUAAAAUAAUAUUAAUAAAAAGAAAACUAAUAACCUGAUUUAGAAUUUAUUAGACAAGAAUUAAGUAAAUUGGAGUCUGAAGGAAAUGAAAUUUAGUUGAGUUUGGACAAAAUUCGCUAAAAUCCUAAUAUUCAAUUAGAUGAUUUGAUUUAAAAAUCUUCAUCAUUACGUCUGAGGCUAAGUUAACUGUAGCAAUAAGUCCAAUAACUAGGACUAUAAAACUAAUAAUAAUAAUAGUAAUAAUAAUAAUAGUAAUAAUAAUAAUAAUAAUAAUAAUAAUAAUAAAAAUAAUAAUAAUAAUAAUAAAUUUAUGAGAAUCGCAUGAAUUAGAUUAAUAAAGAUCGUAUCUUGAUCUGUAAUAAAGUAUUUCAAUAAUAAGGAAAUACUUAGAAUUAAAAUAAGAAUCCUUGCAAACACUUAAAAUGUUAAAGUGUAGCUUAUUUAGAUCCUUAAGGAAUUGUAACUUGUUAAUCUAUGUGUUAAUCAUUUCAUAUAACUGAAACAAUGUUCGAUAAUUUCAACCAAGUAUUUUCACGUAGUGAAUGUAAUGGGUAAUUUAAUUUCUUGAGGAAUCCACUUUUGAUGGCUAAAUUAGUAAAUGAUUCUUUGGAAAUGAGUAAUAAGAAUGAAAAUUAAAAAGAGUAGUUUAGUCUAUAAUUUUAACAUGUAUUCGUUAAAUUGUUGCAAAGUAGAAAAGUAGGAACUUGA